CCGUCGCAGCGCCGCCGCGCUCGCGCUCCGGCCGAUCAUUUUCAGCCGGUGUUCGUCGUCGUCUUCCGACUAACAAUGUUACCCCUCGUACGAGUCCGAGCUCAUCUACCCCUUCCACUCACACCAACCAGUAUCGCUGCCAGAAUACUCUCCGAUUACAUUUCCUCUGAUCGGCACUCCGAUGUGCUCUCCCACCUCAAAUGCACGCCUCCGUCUCGUUCCCUGGUGUUUUACUGGAACAAUCUCAUCAAGCGGAGCUUGUCCGAGGGGAAACAGAGGAUGGCCCUCCACCUCUUCGACGAAAUGCGGAGGCUUUCUUGGAUACCCGAUGACUACACUUAUCCUUACGUUUUCGGCGCCUGUGGUGAUCUUUCUUCGCUGAUCACUGGAGAAUCAGUCCACGCGCUCGCACUCGUCUCAGGUUAUACAAACUGCAACGUGUUUGUGGACAAUGCUGCCAUUUCAAUGUACGGCCGGUGUGGGGAGAACGACAAAGCACAGAAGCUGUUCGACGAAAUGCUCAAGUGCGGCGUCUUCGACAGGAUCUCUUGGAAUUCGAUUAUAUCUGUGUAUGUACAGAGUGGUGAGUUCAAAAAAGCUUUACUGAUGUUCGAAAAAAUGGUUUCUAGAGGAGAUGCAGCGCUGAAGGCAGACGCCAUUAGCUUAGUGAAUGCACUUCCAUCUUGUGGUUCUGUAAAAUCUUGGAGGAGAGGAAUGGAGAUUCACGGGUAUGCAAUUAGGACAUGUUUGAUUGAAGAUGUGUUUGUGGGCAAUGCUGUUGUAGAUAUGUAUGCCAAAUGUGGAUUGAUGGAUGAAGCCAAGAACGUGUUCGAAAGAAUGUCGGUGAAGGAUGUGGUGUCCUGGAAUGCACUGGUUACAGGGUACUCUCAGAUUGGCAGAUUUGAGGAUGCUUUUGGACUGUUUAGGAGGAUGAGGGAGAAAAAAAUUGAGCUAAAUGUGGUGACAUGGAGUGCUGUAAUAGCAGGAUAUGCUCAAAGAGGGCUCGGCCAUGAAGCACUCGAUGUUUUUAGGGAGAUGGUGGCGUCUGGUUCACAAUCGAAUGCAGUUACCCUUGUCUCGGUUUUAUCCGGUUGCGCAGCAGUCGGGGCGUUGCCUUGUGGUAAGGAGACUCACUGUUAUGCGAUCAAACAGUUUCUGAAUCUAAAAGGUAAUGAGCGAGGCGACGAGAUGAUGUUGAUCAAUGGAUUAAUAGACAUGUAUGCCAAGUGCAAGAGUUUCAAGACUGCGCGAUCGAUUUUUGAUUCGAUUGAAAGGGGAGAUAGGAGUGUGGUGACUUGGACCGUCAUGAUCGGUGGAUACGCUCAGCAUGCGGAAGCUAGCGACGCAUUGGAACUGUUUUCCGAAAUGUUAAGGGAUGAGCGAAGAAUGAUGCCGAAUGGGUUCACUAUAUCUUGCGCAUUGGUGGCUUGCGCCCGUCUGGGUGCUCUUAGGUUUGGUCGAGAAAUUCAUGGUUACGUUCUACGCAAUCGAUAUGGAGGGGCUAUGCUAUUCAUCUUAAAUUGUCUAAUCGACAUGUAUGCAAAAUCCGGGGAUGUAGAUGCAGCGCGGAGAGUGUUUGAUAGCAUGGCGAAGAGGAACGAAGUCUCGUGGACUUCUAUGAUGACUGGAUACGGAUUGCACGGUCGUGGCGAGGAAGUUCUCCAAAUUUUCGACGGGAUGAGAGCUGCCGGUUUGCCUGUCGACGGAGUGACUUUUGUCGUUGUACUUUAUGCAUGUAGCCACUCCGGAAUGAUCGAUCUGGGUAUCGACUACUUCAACAAUAUGGAAAGAUAUUUCGGAGUUGUUCCUGCCGUCGAGCACUAUGCGUGCAUGGUCGAUUUAUUGGGUCGCGCCGGUCGAAUGAAUGAUGCUAUGAAGUUCAUUCAGGACAUGCCGAUGGAGCCAAAUCCUAUAGUUUGGGUGUCACUGCUCAGUGGUUGCAGACUUCACGGGAACGUCGAACUCGGGGAGCACGCUGUCGAUAAGCUGUUAGAACUUGGCUUUGAGAAUGACGGCCUGUACACGCUGCUCUCUAACAUAUACGCCGGCGCUAGGCGAUGGAAAGAUGUCGCGAGGACUCGAUCGUUGAUGAAGCAUUCGGGGAUCAGGAAGAGACCCGGCUGCAGCUGGGUACAGGGUAAGAAAGGGACAGCUACCUUCUUUGUUGGCGACAAAUCUCAUCCGAUGGCUGAAGAGAUAUAUAGCCUCCUUGACGAUCUGAUACAUCGGAUUAAAGCCAUGGGGUAUGUACCUGAGACGAACUUUGCUCUUCACGACGUUGACGAGGAGGAGAAAGGGGAUCUGCUUCUCGAACACAGCGAGAAAUUGGCCCUUGCUUACGGCAUUCUUACGACGUCUCCUGGAAUGCCUAUUCGGAUCACCAAGAACUUACGUGUGUGCGGAGAUUGCCAUAAAGCUUUUACCUAUAUAUCGAGGAUCAUCGAACAUGAAGUCAUACUCAGGGACUCGAGCCGGUUCCACCAUUUCAAGAAUGGAUCCUGCUCCUGCAAAGGGUAUUGGUAAGAGAGUCAUCCCUUCGAUUGGGGAACUCCUGCAAAGACUAGUUCAGAUCAAAUAUAUAUAUAUAUAUAUGAUUCC